UUUAAGUUAAUUAAUAUUUAUUUUCAAUAUUAUUUUCUUGAUUUUGGAUAUUAUACAGAAACACAUUCAUCCAUGGCUAUUAGGGCAAUUUUCCUAAUUACUAUAGUGUGUUAUAUUUCAUACUAUUGUAAUGCUUUUGGAGACUACACCACAAAACUAUCAAGACUAGAAGAGUUGGAAAUUGAGAAAGAGCUUAAUCUUUUGAAUAAACCACCAAUAAAGACUAUUAAGAGAGAAGAUGGAGUUAUUUACGAUUAUAUUGAUUUCUUCAAACAACCUGCAUUUGAUCACCCUUCGUUGAAGAACCAUACUUACCAUUAUAAGAUUAAACCCUCGUCUCGUCCUAAUUUAAGUGAACAUAAAGAUUCAUCUAAAAUAAAAUUAAAAGGCUUAAAUUGUCCAAUUGGAACGGUUCCUAUUAGGAGAACUACAAAAGAAGAUCUUAUCAAAUCCAAAUUAUUUACAAAAGUAUAUGGUUCACUCACUCUUGAAAAACCAGGUCUUCAUCAUGCUGUGCUUCGAACAAUAUCUGAUCCUAAAAGGAGAUAUAAUGGAGGUGGGGCAGUAAUGAGUAUUUAUAACCCUACUGUGGCUGGCUCACAAUAUAGCUCAUCUCAAAUGACUAUUAAAAAUGGACCUGAUUCCAUACAAGUUGGAUGGACAGUUAAUCCUACUUUGUACGGGGACAGUAAAACUCAUGCGUUCACAUUUUUACAAGCCGGUGGAAAUUCUUGUUUUAACACACAAUGUCCUGGCUUUGUUAUUGUUAGUACUGAGAUACCUCUUGACUACACUUUUGACCAAGUUUCUCAACGUGGUGAAACAAUAUACGAUACCCAAUUUUUUAUUUAUCGGGAUCCAACAAAUGGAAAUUGGUGGCUUGAAUAUGGAAAAGCAGGUACUCAAAUCGGGUUUUGGCCCGGACGCAUAUUUAGUGCUCUAAAUACAGAUUUAGCUUCGUACAUAGAAUGGGGUGGAGAGGCAACCUAA